AUGGAGGGCGGUGCGUGGUGCGCCCGCGAUAUCUCCCUGCGCGCGCAGAAGAAGUUCCUCUCGAGGGUUGGCGGUGCAGCCAGCGCCCGCGCCCUGGUGCUCGACGAGCAUGCGGCCAAACUGCUCGACCAGUUCCUGUGCGUGCUGCGCGAGAGGAUCGAGAAGCGAGAGGCGGAGAAGCUGGUGAAGCACGUGAUCAAGGCGGCGGUGAAGCUAGGGGUGCUGCGUCGCCAUAACCAGCUGACCGCAACCGACGAGCGCGCCCUGGCGGCCUUUCGCGCCAAAUUCCACACGGUGCUAAUGGCUGUGGUGUCCUUCUGCGAGGUGGACUUCUCGUACGAUCGUGGCUUCCUACAGGACGCCCUGCGUGAAUCCCAUCAGUCGCUAACUAACGAGUCCAUUUUCAUCAGGUCCGUGGUGGAGAGGCAUCUGUCUGAUAAAUCCGUGUCGCGACUUGCUGGUGUGUUCGCCCUGGCGUCGCGCGCGGAACUCCUGGACUCCCUGUUCUCUGGCCAGAUCGACGAGGACGUUCUGAAGUUGACCAGGAUGCUGCGCAAGGAACUGGACCGCGGCCUGCUA